AUGGAGACUCUGCCACCUGAACCACUCAGGAAGGGGAGACUCACCUCUGUGCUGGCUCUGGCAACCUUGGCAGCUGCCUUCGGAUCAGCUUUCCAGUACGGUUACAACAUCUCAGUGGUCAACACACCGCACAAGGUCUUGAAAUCAUUUUAUAAUGAAACCUACUUUGAACGAUAUGGAAAGUUCAUGGAUGACAGUUUCCUGUUGCUUCUCUGGUCUAUCACCGUGUCCAUGUUUCCCCUGGGUGGCCUGGUAGGCGCCCUCGUUGUUGGCCCGUUGGUGGACAAAUGUGGCAGAAAGAGGACCCUUCUCCUCAAUAACAUAUUUGCCAUCAUUCCUGCCAUCUUGAUGGGGUCCAGCAAAGCUGCCAAGUCAUAUGAGAUGAUCAUCCUUUCCCGAGUGCUGGUGGGAAUCUGUGCAGGCAUCGCCUACAGCGCCCUGCCCAUGUACUUGGGAGAGCUGGCACCCAAAAACCUGAGAGGCACGUUAGGAACAAUGACGGAGGUUUUUGUCAUCAUGGGAGUCUUUUUGGCCCAGAUCUUCAGCCUCCAGGCCAUUCUGGGGAAUCCUGAAGGCUGGCCUGUGCUCCUGGCAAUCACAGGGAUCCCCGCAGUCCUGCAGCUCCUCUCUCUGCCCCUGUUCCCAGAGAGUCCCAGGUACACGCUGAUUCAGAAAGGCGAUGAAGAGCAGGCCCGGAAAGAUUUACGGAAGCUGAGAGGCUGGGAGGAUGUGGAGGAGGAGAUGGACGAGAUGCGCGUGGAGGACCAGUCCGAGAAAGCUGAGGGGCGACUGUCCGUGCUCAACCUUUUCACCUUCAAGCCCCUGCGAUGGCAGCUCAUCUCCAUCAUUGUCCUCAUGACUGGCCAGCAGCUUUCGGGGAUCAACGCGAUCAACUACUAUGCAGACACGAUCUAUGCCUCAGCGGGCGUGAAUCCCACACACUCCCAGUACGUGACCGUGGGUGCAGGCAUAGUCAACAUUAUAAUGACAGUGAUUUCAGCUUUCACUGUGGAGCUCCUGGGGAGACGUCUCCUGCUAAUGAUUGGCUACGGAAUAUGCGGCUCAGCCUGUGUGGUGCUAACGUUGGCUCUCAUCUUCCAGCCCAGGGUUCCAGAGCUGUCUUACCUGAGCAUCAUCUGUGUCUUUGCCUACAUUGCAGGACAUUCAACGGGGCCUAGUCCGGUUCCCUCAGUGGUAAGAACUGAAAUAUUCCUGCAGUCUUCCCGUCCAGCUGCAUUCAUGGUGGAUGGAGCUGUCCACUGGCUCACCAAUUUCAUCAUAGGUCUGGUGUUUCCCUUCAUCCAGGAGGGCAUCGGUGCCUACAGCUUCAUCAUCUUUGCUGCGAUCUGCCUUUUCACUGCCAUCUAUAUCUAUGUGGUUAUUCCUGAGACAAAGGACCAGACAUUUGUGGAAAUCAGCCAGGUUUUUGCCCAAAGAAAUAAGGUGGAAAUCCCAGAGAAGAAAAAAGAAGAAGCAACAGACUUCAACUCUUGCCCUUCGAAAAAGGAAACACAUUUCUAAUGGUGCCCGUGAUCCCUGUGUGUCUCCAGCAGCCUCUUCCCCUGCUUCCCCAUCCUGCCAUUUUCCCUCAUUCAAAAACCUCCCUAGAGAAGAUGGGAGUAGCUCAAGGUCACUGAAACUAGUGAGCUACCCUACCCCUCUUGUUUCCUCCCUGCUGGCUGGAAUGCAGGCAAGGGGCUACUGACUUCCCUCUUCCAUAAGCAGCUCAGGGCUCCUCUUGCCUCUCUAACUUUCCUUUUCCAUCCCCUUAACUCACUUCUCAUUGUCUUCCUACCCUAUAUGUUGUUGUUGUUGUUGUUGUUUCUAUUGUGUCUGACUGACCCUUUGUGACCCCAAUUGGAGUUU